AUGGAUAUUUCUAAACCCGUGGGGUCUAAGAUAUCUUCUGUGGACUUUGGUAUCUUGUCUGCUGAGGAAAUCAAAAGACUAUCAGCUAAGCAAAUAACAAACCCUACUGUGUUUGACAAUUUGGGUCAUCCCAUCAACUCUGGUCUUUACGAUUUGGCACUUGGAGCUUUCCUUAGAAACCUUUGUACCACUUGUGGGUUAGAUGAAAAGUUCUGUCCUGGUCAUCAAGGCCACAUUGAGUUGCCAGUGCCUGUUUACAACCCUUUAUUUUUCAAUCAAUUGUACAUCUAUUUGAGAAGUGUUUGUCUUUAUUGUCAUCAUUUUAGAUUACAUGCCUUGGAAGUUCAUCGUUAUACUUGUAAGUUGAAAUUGAUUCAACAUGGUCUUCUUUUAGAAUGUGAAGAAUUGGACAAUAUGCUUGUUAAGGGAAGUCCUUCUGCUGACGAUGAUGAAGAAACUAUCUCAUCAAAGACUUCUGACCCGGAAGCCAAAAAAGAAUUGAUGGAACGUCGUGAGUUGUUUGUUGAUACCGCAAUUGCAAAGGCCAUCAGCGAAGGUAAAAGCUCCGAAUAUGGUGUUGUCACUGCUACUUGUAAUGAAGAAAGAAAAAACACUAUUCACGAAUUCUACAAAAGAUUGUUGAGUAGACCAAAGUGUGACAACUGUAGCAUGUAUUCUCCAUCGUUUAGAAAAGAUGGUUUUACAAAGAUUUUUGAAAAUGCUUUAACCAGUAAGCAAAUCACCAACAAUAGAGUUAAGGGGUUACUUCGUCCUACCAUGUUGAAAGGUGGUAAGACAUCUACUACUUCCACUACACCAUCAUCUGAUUCAAAUGAAAGCUUACCCAAUAUAAAACAUAAGAGUGGUUCUAAGUAUAUUUUGUCUACUGAAGUUAGAAACAUCUUGAGAGCUGUUUUUGAAAAUGAACAAUCAGUUAUUCAGAAAUUGUUCAAUGCCAGACCUCAUAAGACAACAAAGAUUGAAGCUGACAUAUUUUUCAUUCUGGCAUUAGUUGUUCCUCCAACGAGAUUCAGAUUACCAUCUAAAUUGGGUGAUGAAAUCCAUGAAAACUCUCAAAACGAGUUGCUUUCAAACAUUUUGAAAACCUGCUUAUUGAUUAGAGACUUGAAUGAUCAAAUUUCUAAUUUGCAAAAGGGCAAACUACCUGUGGAAGAAAGAAAAAUUGUAUUCAACAGAUUGAUGAACUCAUUUGUUACUAUUCAGAAUGAUGUUAAUGCUUUUAUUGAUUCCACCAAGAACCAAAAUGCUCAAGCUGGUAAGUUACCUAAUCCUGGUAUCAAACAAGCUUUAGAAAAGAAGGAAGGUUUAUUCAGAAAGCACAUGAUGGGUAAGAGAGUCAACUAUGCUGCUCGUUCUGUUAUUUCUCCUGAUCCCAUGUUGGAAACCAAUGAAAUUGGUGUUCCUCCAGUUUUCGCUAAGAAGUUGACAUACCCUGAACCAGUGACUGCUCAUAAUGCAAGUGAAUUGAGACAAGCUGUUAUUAAUGGUCCUGACCAAUGGCCUGGUGCAGUUCAAGUUCAAAAUGAAGAUGGAUCUUUAGUUUCUUUAAUUGGUAUGACUUUAGAACAAAGAAAGACUGUUGCUAACCAAUUGUUAACCCCAUCAAAUGGUGCAAGUGUCAUUAAUAAGAAGGUUUACAGACAUAUUAAGAACAAGGAUAUUGUCAUCAUGAAUCGUCAACCAACUUUGCAUAAGGCUUCCAUGAUGGGUCAUAAGGUUAGAGUUUUACCUGGUGAAAAGACUUUGCGUUUGCAUUAUGCUAAUACUGGUGCUUAUAAUGCUGAUUUUGAUGGUGAUGAAAUGAACAUGCAUUUCCCUCAAAAUGAGAAUGCUAAAGCUGAAGCCUUGAAUUUGGCCAACACUGACUCUCAAUAUUUGACUCCCACCUCUGGUUCUCCAUUAAGAGGUUUGAUUCAAGAUCACAUUUCGGCUGGUGUUUGGUUAACGAGUAAAGACAGUUUCUUUGAUAAGCAAACAUACCAACAAUUGAUUUAUGGUUGUAUUCGUCCCGAAGAUGGACAUACUUUAAAAUCAAGAAUCAUAACCGUUCCUCCUGCUGUUUUCAAACCUCAACAGUUGUGGACUGGUAAGCAAAUCAUCACCACUAUUUUGUUGAAUAUAAAACCUGAAAACGUCCCUGGUAUUAAUUUGACGUCAAAGAACAAAAUUAAAAAUGACUAUUGGGGUCAAGGUUCCAAAGAAAAUGAAGUUAUUUUCAAGAAUGGUGAAUUAUUAUGUGGUAUCUUGGAUAAAUCUCAAUAUGGUGCCUCUCAAUUUGGUAUUGUUCACUCUUUGCAUGAAGUUUAUGGUCCCACCAUUGCUGGUAAAUCUCUUUCAAUUUUAGGUAGGUUGUUCACAAACUACAUCAUGAUGACCGCCUUUACUUGUGGUAUGGAUGAUUUAAGAUUAACUGAUGAAGGUAAUUCAUGGAGAAGCGAAAUCUUGAAACAAUCUGUUGAUAUCGGUAGAUCAGCAGCUGCUGAGGUGACAAACUUGGAUAAGGACACUACAAACAAAGAUCCUGAAUUAUUGAAAAGAUUAGAAGAAAUCUUACGUGAUGAUAACAAGUUGGGUAUUCUUGAUGCAGUGACACAAUCCAAGGUCAAUGCUAUUACUUCUCAAGUUGUUUCUAAAUGUGUUCCAAAUGGAACAAUGAAACGGUUCCCUUACAAUUCUAUGCAAGCGAUGGCAUUGUCUGGUGCUAAGGGUUCCAAUGUUAACGUUUCCCAAAUUAUGUGUUUGUUAGGUCAACAAGCAUUGGAGGGUAGAAGAGUACCUGUUAUGGUUUCUGGUAAAACACUUCCUUCUUUCAAACCUUUUGAAACAGAUGCUAGAGCUGGUGGUUACAUUAAGGGGCGUUUCUAUUCAGGUAUCAGACCUCAGGAAUAUUAUUUCCAUUGUAUGGCUGGUAGAGAAGGGUUAAUUGAUACUGCCGUUAAAACUUCCAGAUCUGGUUAUUUACAACGUUGUUUGACAAAACAAUUAGAAGGUGUUCAUGUUUCAUAUGAUAACUCUGUUAGAGAUGGCGAUGGAGAAUUGAUUCAAUUCCUUUAUGGUGGUGAUUCAAUUGAUGUUACCAAACAAUCACACAUGAACCAGUUUAAAUUCUGUCUUGAAAAUUAUGAAUCAUUAUUAACCAAAUAUAAUCCUGGUGAAUUGGGUGAAAACUUGGAUACUGAUACUGCUAUUUCUUAUGCUAAAAAGGUGAAGAAGAAUAUGAAGAAACAAAUUGAAUUACCUCACUAUGAACAACAUAUUAAAUAUGAUCCUGUGUUAUCUAAGUAUAACCCUGCCAAAUAUUUGGGUGCUGUUUCUGAAAAAUUCCAAGAUAGCUUAGACUCAUUUAUUGCAAAGAAUGAAAAGCUCUUUGAUAAGAAAACAGGUAUUAUUGGGGAGAAGAAGUUCCGUGCAUUGAUGCAAUUGAAGUAUAUGAGAUCUUUAAUUAACCCUGGUGAAUCUGUUGGUAUCAUUGCAUCUCAAUCUAUUGGUGAACCAUCCACUCAAAUGACCUUAAACACUUUCCAUUUUGCUGGUCAUGGUGCUGCUAAUGUGACAUUGGGUAUUCCUCGUAUGAGAGAGAUCAUUAUGACUGCUUCUUCUGCAAUUAAGACUCCACAAAUGACAUUACCAAUUUUAGAUGACGUCAAUGAUGAACAAGCUGAUUCAUUCUGUAAAUCGAUUGCCAGAGUUGUCUUGAGUGAAUUUAUUGAUACUAUUAUUGUUACUGAAACCACCAGUGAUAACAGUAGAUCAUACAAGGUUACCUUGAAAUUCUAUUCCAAGGAAGAAUAUGAGCAAGAAUACGACAUCUCUCAAGAACACUUGGAAAAUGUAUUAACUACCAAAUUCUUGGUUGCUUUAGAGACUGCCAUCAUGAAGGAAGUCAAAAAGCAGAAGAAAUCAGAUUCAUUACCAAGUAUUGGGAAGGCAUUACCUGCUCAAGACGCCAAUGGCGGAUCUAUUGAAGAUGAUAACGAUGCCGAUAAUGAUAAGAUUAAGAGUAAUGGUAAACAGGCUAUUUCUUAUGAUGGACCUGAUGAUGAUGAAGUUGAGACCAUGAAGAAGGCUGAAGAAACCAGUGACGAAGAGAUGGCAGAUGAUGAUGAUUCAUCUGACUCGGACUCGGACUCGGAUUCUGACUCGGAUUCUGAAGAUGACUCUGGUUCCGAUGUUGAAAUGGUUGAUGCUGAAGCUAAGGAAAAACCAAAGACUCAGAAGAAGAAGAAGAAGGUUGAUUUGAACCGUAAUGCUAAGGACCGACAAGCAGAAGUAAUCACUGCCCAUAACUUGGUUACCAAGUUCAAUUUCGAUGAUGCCAAUGGUGAAUGGUGUGAGUUUGGAUUGGAAUUAAGUGGAAACAUUCAAAAGUUAUUGAUGGUUAACAUUUUGGAAGAUUUAUGUCGUAAAUUGGUUGUACGGGAAAUCCCACAUAUUGGUAGAUGUGUUCAUCCUCAAGCUGGAGCUGGAGGUAAUGGACGUCGGAUUCUAACUACUGAAGGUGUUAAUUUCCAAGCCAUGUGGGAUCAAGAUGAUUUCAUUGGAGUCAACGGUAUUACAUCUAACGACAUUUCUGCAGUAUUAAAGACAUAUGGGGUUGAAGCUGCUCGUAAUACUAUUGUCAAUGAAAUCAAUAAUGUUUUCUCUACAUAUGCCAUUACUGUUUCGUCGAGACAUUUGGAGUUAAUUGCUGAUAUGAUGACGAGAGAAGGUUCAUAUCUUGCGUUUAAUAGACAAGGUAUGGAUAGUGCGACAUCAUCAUUUAUGAAAAUGUCGUAUGAAACAACAUGUCAAUUCUUAACCAAGGCAGUUUUAGAUGGAGAAACUGAAGAUUUGGAUAGUCCCUCUGCAGCCAUUGUUAUGGGUAAGUUGGCUAACGUGGGUACGGGAUCAUUUGAUAUAUUUACCAAGAUGCCCAAGGUAUAA